UCAGCACACAAACCCAAGCAGACAACAGGCUCUUGUAUAAAGCUAGCACACAGUGCUCUCUGGAACAUUAGCAGGUCUAUAGCAUUAACAGGAUCAUGUCACUGCUUCACCUUCAGCUGCUAAUGCUCCUGUGUCUUGGAGCCACAGAGCCACAGUCAGACUCACAGCAAAGGAAAAGAAGGCCACUUCAGCGCCUUUUCUAUUUAGACAGAAAUCUACUUGAAAGCCAGAGUUUUCAUGAGCUGCUGGGGGAAAACCCAGUAGGUGUUAAGGAAACACAGGAAGAGCCAAGCUUUUUUAUAGCAUUUCCACAGACAGCAGGAGACAGUCAGAAGCAAGGGGAGAAAAAAAUGUCCAGAUUCAUCCUUCCUAAUGCAGAACUCUAUCCACACCAAGAUCUGAGAACCUGGGCAGCACCCAGAGAGAUCACUCCUGUGGAAAACUUCUCUCCAUCCCACUACUCCAGUAAAAUGGAGGUUGAAUCUCCCUAUAGGAAAGAUGCCAAAAAAUUCUGGGACCAUUUCAUGUUAAGGAAGAAUUCAGCUUCUGAAGAGGUUGUUCUGCCAAUCAAGACCAAUGAAAUGCACCAAGAAACCUGCAGAACCCUGCCUUUUUCCCAGAGUGUUGCUCAUGAGAACUGUGAGAAGGUGAUCGUCCAGAAUAAUCUAUGUUUUGGCAAGUGUAGUUCCUUUCAUGUUCCUGGUCCAGAUGAUCGCCUUUAUACCUUUUGUUCUAAAUGCCUGCCCACCAAGUUUUCCAUGAAGCGCUUGGAUCUGAACUGCACCAGUUCUGUCCCAGUGGUUAAAAAAGUCAUGAUUGUGGAAGAGUGUAACUGUGAGACUCAGAAGAUAGCAGAUCCUCUGCUUGGAUCUCUACAGUCAGAUUUUCUUGGAAACGUACCUGAGCACAAUUAACUCAUUCAAGGUAACUCUGAAGUCCCAGAUCAUAAGGAUUUGUCAAGAAAAGAAAAGAAAAAAAAAAAUCAGUGAGACAAAGCUUUCAUCAUACAGUUACACCAUAAUAUUAAAGAUAUAGACUUUCUGUUUAAACUGCACCUCUGCUUCGACAACAACUUUACUUAAAAUUUAACAGACAUAUCCUUACUCAAGAUUAUGUGGUUUAUGGGUAGAGCCUUAUUUUAGCAAGAUAAAUCUUAAAAAGUUUUCCAUCCUUCCUAUACCUAACAUCUUAGCACAUUAGGAAACAACAGCAGAAGAACUAAUGUGAUUUAUUUCUGCAAAAACCUAAAGUACUAGAUAGUUUAUGCUGUGUUUACUUGCUGAGAAUGCCACUGUUGUUCUAUUGGUAACACAAAGAAGGCUUUAGUCUCUUCACUGCAAAAACAGGUUUGUUUUUAUAUCAUGAGAGUGACUGGAUAAUUUAAAAUAUAAAUGGACGGAAGGCAGAAAGAGAGCUGUGAAGAGUUCCUCUGAUUGUUCCCAGCUGGAGUUCACUUUCCAGUAAAACUAACACACCUGACAGCUUACACACUUAAGAUAAUGGUUGCAAAUGGUGUUUUGUCAUAAAACUACUUACUCUCCUUUUAUAAAUCUG